CACAGAAUGUGCCCUGCUUGGGACAACUGAGCCGCCAAACCGGAAUGCUAAGAUGGUGAGGCGUUGCUCAGGAGUUGAGAUGAAGGUAUUUCCCUCUAUGCUGCUGGUUGCUGUUUUGUACGCCGAGCUUGGCCAAGCUUUACAGUGCUACUCAUGCUCAGAGCCCACAAAUGUUGAAAAAUGCACAACAGUGGCCAACUGCACACAGAAUGACACCAUGUGCAAGACAACAAUGUACUCCCUUGAGGAAGUGUACCCGUUCCUGGGUGAAGCGACGGUCACACGGGCUUGUUCUUCAAGAUGCAUUCCAUCAGAUGUGGAUGGGAUUGGUUUGACACGCCCAGUUACCUGCUGCAACACCAACCUCUGCAAUACCGAUGGUGCAGCCAACAUGCAGAUCAGCUACCUCACAGUGGCAACUUCGACCGCUGCCUUCUUCAUCCUCCUCCAGACUGGACUGUGACACAGAAAGCAGCACACCUUGCAGAACCUGUUGAAGAGUUCCAGUUGGCUGAGCAUUCCCAGGUGGUGGUUUGGCUUACUUCCUAGGUAGAUUUCUCAGAUAGAUCUUGCCUGCACAGUUACAGACUCCACCAAUUUAAGAAACCAGGGACAGAAACACUGGGGAAAUGGCUAUCCUAUCCUAUCUCCUCAUAGC